UUCUAGUUAAUGGUUACCAUUUUAGACCAUUUAUACCAGAUUUAACAAUAAUUGAUAACUGAAAUCAUUUAAAAUACAAACACGAAUUUAAUUUGACUGUUAAGUUAUGAGCUACUCAAGAUUCAUAAUUUUAUAUAAAGUUUUGUUAAAUUCAUUAGUUUAAAAUUUUAAUAAUUUAUUAUGAAUAAAUUUUUGCCAAAAAAAUUAGGAACACAUAAUGGCCAAUUUCAUUGUGAUGAAGCAUUUGGUUCGUACAUGCUAAAAUUACUUUAUCCUAAUUUAGAAAUAAUUCGUACUAGAGAUGAAAAAUUAUUGGCAGAAUGUGAUAUUGUAAUUGAUGUUGGUGCAGUGUAUGAUCAUAGUAAACGACGUUAUGACCAUCAUCAAAAAUCCUUCACUCAUUCCAUGAGCACUUUAAUUCCUAAUGCUAAAUGGACUACAAAAUUAAGUAGUGCAGGCUUAAUUUAUGUACAUUAUGGUCAUGAUGUACUUGCCAAAAUUAUUAACACUCAUAUCCCAGAGAAUCAUUUAAAUUCAAUUUAUUCAAAAAUAUAUGAAUCAUUUGUGCAAGAAGUUGAUGCUAUAGAUAAUGGAGUUUCAAUGUAUGAAGGUAAGCCAAAGUAUACUAUUAACACUAAUUUAAGUAAUCGAGUUGGAAAUUUAAACAAAAAAUGGAAUCAUAUUGGUAAAUUUGAUGAAAUGGCUGCAUUUGAAAAAGCAAUGGAAAUGAUUGGAUCGGAAUUUACUGAAAAUGUACUUUAUGCUUACAACUCAUGGUUUCCAGCCAGAUCAAUAGUGUUAGAAUCACUUGAAAACCGAUUUAAAAUCCAUUCAUCUGGACAAAUAUUAGAAUUAAAACAAUUUUGCCCAUGGAAAGAACAUUAUUUUUUAUUGGAAGAAGAAUUUGGAGAUGACCUCAAUCCUAAAAUAAAUUUUGUUGUGUUUGGAGAUUCCAAUGGAUCGUGGAGAGUUCAAGCUAUGCCUAUAUCACCUGAUUCUUUUGAGUUACGAAAACCUUUACCUGAAAGUUGGCAAGGUCUUAGAGAUGAUGAACUCAGUAAUAUUUCUGGGAUAUCAAAUUGUAUAUUUUGUCAUGCAACAGGUUUUAUUGGAGGUAAUUUAACUAGAAAUGGAGCGAUAGAAAUGGCUGAAAAGGCAAUCAAAUUGUAAAACUUCAAUUAAAAUUUUAAUAAAAAUAUAUUUUUUUUUCAUA